CCUGAGUGCAGUAUUGAAAAAAUCCGGUAUGAUGUCAUCCUUUAUUUCUAGCACUGUAGCGCAGAUGAGAACAAGUUGUAAGUGAGUAGAAGAACUACACCACUUGUAGCGUUAAAAAUUGUGGUGCAUAUAAUUAGCAGUGCAAAGCAAAAGAAGGAUGGCAGGAGCAGAAACCGCAGAGUCGUUCAUCGCGCAUGAAGAUACUACAACCGGAGGACAUUCACAGGAGCACAGCUGCGCACGUGGCGUGACAUGAUCACUAGCUUGUGCUGAUUCAAUCAUUUUGUGAUGUUCUUGGCAGCUGCCAUAAAUCAGAGAACAUCAGCAAUUCUACCCGAAACUGACUCGACCCGCGAAGGAAGUGGACGACGAUAGAUACCUAUAGGUGCAGAAGAACAAGUCGGUCGCCGUGCGAGGAUGUUGCUGCACUGGAAAAGAACGCCACCGUCGGCUGCGCGAUCCGUCGCGUUACUGUUGCUCCACGUGUGUAAUAUUUUUACCACGGUAGAAGUUCUUUUCACGACAAUCUCCACCACGGCGGCGGCAGGAAGGCAAGUGCAAAUGCGGCAAGAAGAACUGCACGAACAACAACAUGACCAGCAAGAUCCAGUGGUGCCCGCCAGUGCGGCGCAGAAGUUGCUGAGUCCGGAUGUGUUUCGCACGGAGCUCUUAAAUCUCCUCGCCGAUUACGACGCGCGGCAUGGCAGGUACCUGGUACCCGAGGAGUAUUUGUUGGAAAUCGUGGAACAAGCGCAAAACCAGACAUUUCUAAACACGUCCAAAAAUUCUUCUAGCACCAAUUCAACAUCCACGAAUGCAUCUUCCGGGUCGCAAAAUGCGACGUCAAGUGGAACAUCAACUCCUUUUGCGUUCACGGCCUCGUCGUUCUUCGCAAAUAAAAUGAUGUCGAGGACAACCUCAUCCCCGUCAUCUCUUCCACAACAUGCGACCUUCAAGAUGUUGCCAUGGCAGGCUGCGAGAACGCCUUCCAUACUCGCGGAACAGCAACAACAGCACGGGAAGAGUACCACGAUAAGGGACCACGCGUCGGUUCUUCGUGCUGGUAGUACAAAAACAACUUCGAACACCAGCAGCAACAACUCUACUAUCACAGCCUUGGCAGAGAUCCAGCUCGUGUUUCGCAACGACUCGAUCAGUUUGGAGGAACUAUUGAACGGAACGGAGGUGAGCAUAUUCAGUGGUACUUCUAACGGGUCCUCUUCUAGUACAAAUCCUGCUGGAGUCACAAACAACUCGAAUAAUUCAUCAUCAUCAUCAUCAUCAUCAUCAUCAUCAUCAUCAUCAUCAUCCUCCUCAGGGAACAAUAACAGCAGUAGUCGGGUUGUGUUGAACUCGAACUCGUCUGCACAGACCGCAGUUUUGAAUCUUUCCUUCGUCUUCGGGGAGCUGCUCGGCGGGCUGUUGCAGUUGGGGCAGGACGACUUGAAAAUCGAGGCGGUGGUUGUCAAGAAGCGAGUCAACUUUGAAAGAAAGAAAAAAGAAAACGCAACGAAUUCCACGGACCAGGAGAGUGAUUCUAAUUCUAAUUCCACAAAGAACGCAAGUGGAGAGCAGAACGCGUCUGCCCCAUCGUCGAGCAGCAGUAGCUUCAUAUCUACUCAUCUUCAGAGUAGCAGUUCUAGUUCGGCUUUAUCAAAAUCUGCAGUGCUGGCCUUCACCUCUUCUACUUCUACGCAGAAGUCCUCUAUCGCUGACCGAGUUGCAGCGCGAGAGGGUCGUGGUGGUCUUGUCACUGGAACUUCUAGUUCACAGCAAAACGAAACCUCCUCUAGUACUACUGGACCUGGCGACGAAAAAAUCACGGAAACCGCGACCGUAGAAGUCCGGUACACGCUUUAUCCCAGAGAAAAAAGCUGGCAGGGCAUAUUUGUAAUGCAAAAAUAAACACACAGAAAAAUUUGUCAUGGGUGGCCCCCUAGCAUGCUGUUUCGGAUAUGCAAUACAGAUUUUUUUGUGUAUUUAUUUUGUCAUUACAAAUAUGCCCUGCCAGCUUUUUUCUGUGUGAUACGCUUGCGAAUCUGAACGCUACCCGCGUUGCGGACCUCCAAUCCGUCCUGUUCCGCACCUACACCUACUCUCUGCAGCUCCGCGAGGGUUUGAAGCUCAUGUUCAAACAGGACAAGCUGUUCGACAAGAUUGUGUCCAAACCUCCCGCCACCGGCCUGAAGCUCAACGCGCCGAAAUUCGUCACCGACUGGGGCCGGUCCUUCUUGUGGCGCGAGGUGUCGGCGAUGCAGCUGCACAACGAAAUCCCCGAGGCCGCGGCGGCGCAGGUCGCUCGGGCGCUUCUGGCGCAAAGCGCCAGCGGCAACAAAAACGACGCGAUGAGCAACGCCACGCAGGUGGAGUCCUUUGCGACGAAGCUAUUGUUGCAGGCCGCGAAGUAUCCUGUGCAAAAAUCAUGAAUCUAUCGUAAUGGUACUCGUAGGAAAUCAAGUGCCAGUUGUCUUGCAUGACUCGUCACCUAGUACUUGUUUUCCCUGAAGCUGCAGGUGGGCAGAUAAUUUUUCCGUCUUUUCCUUUUGGAAGGAAAGAUAUCGAUUUGUGUAAAAUGCAAUUUGUUCUAGUCCUAGAUACUGAUACGAAAUCGAAAUAUUUUUGCAAUGCAUACUUCGCAGACGUACGCGACGGCGCUGAAGCCGGACGGGUCGGUGGAGCACGCGGGGCCCUGGAUGGACCGGCUCUGGACGAAAAUCCGCACGGAGUACAAUUCCGUCCCCGUGGAAAACUUCACAAUUGGCACGUUUCUGUACGCGAAAGCGUUCGAUCCGGUGGAGACCAUCCAAGAAAUGCUGCAGUUUUACCACAGCCACAACGAAACCGGGGUCAUCAACCUAGUUUCCGGGCUUUUGACUGCCGCCGGGCUGCCGGCGUUGCAGUCCGUGUGGGCCGCGGGGAAGAUGAAGAACGGGAGUAGCGGGACGAGUAGUUCUUCUGGGGCAUCAACUACAGCAACUGGUACUUCUUCUGCCCCAACAACGGUCGUGGCGAACAGCAGCAACGGGAGUGCCGGUGCAAACAUUUCGAACAACAACACGAUAACUGCACCACUCACGAACGCGCAACUCCUUUCCUACCUGCUGUUCUACAGCUCGCCUGGUGUCGUUUUGAACACUUUUUCUACAACCCCUGCGGCAGCAGUGAACAACAGUUCUGGCACUGCGACAAACACGAGCGCUGGCGGGAACAACAGCAGCUCGACUAACAGCACUUCUAAAAACAGCACCUCCGCAUCGUCGGGGUCCAAUUUGAAUUUUAUCAGUAACCAAACGCAGCAACAAAUCCUGGCCUCGCUGUCGCAGCUUCUCCCAAAGUACUACUACAUUGGGCUGCCGCUGCGCGACACGCUCGAGUGUGAACACAGUCAGGGUCUGGAUUUUGGGAACGGACGCGAGGAGGACCUGGUCCGGAACACGAACAACACUGUAGUGUCCGUGCAAAAUGCGACGACGACCACAAACGAUCCCGAUUUUCUCGCCAUUCUCCGUACGGCCAGCGAAGAAUUCGACCAACGAAUGAUCAAGGAGGGGAACGACUGGCUGGCGAAUCAGAGCAUCCACGGGAUGACGGUCUCUACCUAUCUCUUGGACAACAGCAAUAAUAAUGGAACAUCUUCAUCAGCUUCAGGAGCUACAGCCAACGCAUCAUCUUCCAACAGCUCGAAUGCAACAGCGGCUUUUAGUUCUUCGAGUAGCUCGAUGUCGAUGUCCUCAUUAGUCGAGAACGUUGUGCGCGGGAUAAGGAAGAAACUGGGCGGACGAGAAAGGAGCGAGGCACGACAGGUUGCGGUCGACGUGGGAAAGAAAAAUAAAAGCGAAAGGACAAGAUCAAGAAUCGUAUUCGACGAGACGUUCUUACCGGCUGCAACAAGUUCGUGGUCUGAGGUGGAGAGUAGAGUGAGAAUACAUGCAGACAAGCGAGAAAUUAUUGAAAAUUUGUUCCAGAAAGCACAGACUACGCCAGACGUAGGCAGGCCAAAAUCAACUCCCUCCUCCUCAUCAUUCAUCUCACCGGCGCAACUCGUAAUACCUUCGCGGAAGACCACGAGCAGCAACGGAAUACUAGAGGAACGAGCAGACGAAGACGACGAUCUUGAAAGCGGUGUUGCACUUGCGGGUGGUGACAUAAAAACGCAUGUGAUACUAGAAACGCCGAUAACAAAUAAAAUCGCGAGAACAGGAAGAAGAGAAGAGCAUGAAGAAGAUCCAGAAAUAAGCACCGCGCAACGUGAAGUUGUAGAACUGCAGCCGCAGGAAAAGCUCCUGAAAGAAAUCAAUUCCGAGGGAUCGUCUCCUGCAGAACAAACGAGCACCGCCUUUCUGGCAGAGGACCUGCUUUCGGAAGAAGCACAGAAGGCACCAUCUUCACACGAAGUAGUACAGGCAGAAGAUGCUUCUCGUAAAGCGGCCCCUGCUUCUACUACCGCUGGUGCAGAUCAUGUUGAUCUAGUUCCUGCAGAAGAUGUUGUAUCUAUGCCAACUACACGUAGUACAGGCACAUCAUCAACGCAAUCACACCUCGAUGGAACUUCUACCAGCAAGCUCGACCUGGCGGCCACCGGCGAAGUGUUGCUCGCGUUGCAGGACUUAAGUAAACACAGCACGACCGCGACCAGUGGUAGUAGCGAGAGGAUGAUGAAGAUGGCAAGUACAGAUAGAGCUGAGAAUCAAAAGUUAUUGACGAGCACAGGAGUCCUCGGCACCACGCCUGGGUCCGGCGCAACCGGUCUGCAGGUGGACACGGAUACGGUGAUCACGUCCUACAUCCCGAUCGCGUGUCUGCAAAACUGCACCGUUCCUGACUCCGACGAGUGCAUCCGCUGCAAGCAGUACACGGUGAUGCAGCAGUGGUGCAUCGCCCACCACAACGACCCGAGCUGCAUGCACGUGUUACUGGACUCCGGGGGGUACUUGCUGAAGCACGAACUGCACUACCGGAACGGGUCCCUGAAGAUUGACUGGGCGAACUUUUCCCUUUCGGAGCACUUGGUCGUGUCGACAGACGACGGGGAGGGAAGCGGUGGCAGACGAGCCGGGGAGAACGGGAUGGUCAUGACUACAGCGGGGCAAAUGUCGCAAAUUUCCGACGAGAUGCCUCUCCCGGACGGCAUGGAGGAGAAAACCGGGCCCUGCAGCUACCAGAAGAUGGUGGGGCACUGCGUCCUGACCGGGGAGCACGGCCGCGACCAGCAGCUGGUCCGCCACGCCCUGCCGCACUUGCUGGCGGAGGCCGACUGCCGCGAGGCGUGCGACGCGGGCGGCGACGAGUGUGUGGGGUUCGAGUUUGUCGAGUUCACCCGCGCCGCGGCGGACAACCUCGCGCAGUGCACGGUGGUUCUAAACCCCCUGUUCGCGGACAACAGCGGGAUCGCGAUCCGGCGGGGUAACCAGGAGCUGGGGGCUUUCUGCUCCGCGAAGAACGGUUUGGUGCCCGUGGACUACACGAACCAAAACUCGUUUCUGGAGCAAGAAAGUUCGGCUGCCGGCGGUCGUGCUGGCACGACGUCCUGGUCUAGCAACAACGGAUCUAGUACUUCUGCGUUAAGCGUCGCCUCCGCGCCCGUGGUCUCGGUUGAUGCAGCUAGCAGUAUCCCGCGGUCGCGGGACAGCAUCAUAGUUUCGUCCCUAAACCUCUCGUCACCGCUCCAUCUCGACAGCCGGCCGGCCGAGCAGUUCUCCGCCUACCAUGAUCCGACGUUCCGCCGGGCGCUGGCGAUCACCGACGGACUGCAGCGGAGCAAGUAGAAAUAAAGGAUAGCACUUUCAUCUUAUUUCGUCAUGAUAAUGUGUUGUUGAUGAUACGUGCUGGUAUAUUUCUUCUUUUCGUGAAGUAUGAAGAAAUCCACUUCCUGGUUUGUAAAUGCAAGCGAGCAUCAUGCAAAUGCAUAUACAGUUCUGCAUAAGCAUAACUAGACUAAAGUGUUGUUCAAUCUCAAUCUCAUUCCAGUUCUGCCGUUUUUGCUUUUGCUUACGUGGACGAUUUUUACUCGAGCCCACUUGUUCAAUAACAAACAGCUACAACACGGACCUGGUCGCUUUCCGCGCGGCCAUGUCCACCGACGAUCCGGAUCGCAAGAAGCUGGCGGAUCUCCGUGGCGUGGGACUCUGGGCGAGCAGUUGUAGCCUCCCCGGGAACGUGGUGCCGUUGCGGUAUUUUGUCCAGGCGAGGCCCACCUUCAUUCCCAAGAAGUUCUGCGUCACCAGUGCAAACCCGGCGCAGCAGUCAUUCUGUCAAACGGAAGUAAUAGGAGGCCAUCAUCUUCAAGACGGCCGCGGGAGUCAAACUAUCUCCAGAGGUGGUGACGAGAAAGCAGGCUCAAUAGUGACCCGGACCAAGGCAAAGGUGCUGUAUGAGAAGGGAAGAAGUAGAGGUAGAGAUACAACUAGAAGUUCAGAAGCUGACCAGGAUCCAGAGACCGGAGUGUUUUAUUCUAUCCCGAAAGCGAAAACGACAUCGCGAAAAGGGGUCACCAGUACAACCAGCAGUACCUCGGAAGGGGCAAAUGACGAGGUAGGACCUUCCUCAAGGAUUCUGAGUCAGGGUAGUUCUUUAAAUUACGGGUCUUUUCUAGAGAAGGAAAUGGACGACGACAAUCCACGAGAUGUAAUUGGAAACAGCAGGAGUUCCUCCUCUUCUACUAGUAGUGAUCCAGGCGCAAGAACAAAAACGGCAUCCGCGAUACAAACGGCAGCAAGGAGUAGAGUACGGAAAAAAAGUCAGGACGACGGUGCCACCAACGCCCACCCCGCCGCGCCGGGCUACCUGAGCGCCCCGGUUGCGAGAAUCGAGAACAAUCCGUAUCAACUGCAAACGUGGCUGGGCCUGGAACGGCAGCAAGCUCUGUUGCGCACUAGGCAUGAUCAGAAAGUAGAAGCGUUGUAAAAGGUGGUAGGUCAUGCAGCAACACAUAGUUCUUCGCUGCAAUUUCUUUGUGCAGGCGUUGCGAUCAACAUUCCACGAUGCAGCAUAAUCCCGCAGAUAAUUUUCAGGUCCAGGAGAAAUCAGAUUUGCCACGCAUAACCCGUUCAAUUUCACGCUCGAGGAUUUCAUGCCGCUUUACGACGCGGAGGGCAUGCCGACGCAAGUUCCAAGAAUCGCUGCGCUUCCUAUCAUCGAACAGGACUACUGGAAGCACGAAUUGAUGAAGGAUUUCCUCGCCCGCGUGGGUACGUCUCACCUGAAACUGCAGGACAACGAAGCGUAUGCUGGUUCGCAAACCUAUCGCACUUACUCGUCGCUGUACCUAGCAUUUUUGCAAUCAUGGAUGACAAAUGCAUUCUAGGAAAUGGAAAUAAAAUCAGCAUGACCACUAACUUACUACCGACGUUUUCCCUUGACGAAGAAUUUUAUAUUGCAAGUUACUAUGCGACGAAUAAAACGAUGCCGCUUUUCCAUGCUUGCAUAAGGCGAGUUCGCUCGCCGCGAACUCUGUCGGCAUGCAGGCUUACCACAACGUGUUGACUAGUCAAGACUGCUGGUUGCUGUGUUCCGAGUGGAGCGACUGCGUCAUUUGGAAGUACACAGACUGCAAUGAUUUGGACAGCUGCCGGUACACCAACGGCGCCUGCGUCCUCUAUAUGAGAGUGCACGAACAAUCCCCCUCCCUUUCCUCAUUUGAAAGGCAAUUAGUUUAACUACAUGGACAGAAACAUCACACGCAAAAGCGUCACAAAAAAUCGACGCCUCCCGUUUGACAAAUCCGCAGACAGAUUGUAGUGAUCAUCCAAGUUUCUUGGGUUUGGGACACAGCUUUCUACUCAUGAAAAGACUGCCUUAUGGUUGUGCUUGUGGCAAGAAGUGGAUUUCUUGGUACUAUUUUGCAUAAAACAGCACGAGGGUCGGGAGGGGGGAAAUUUGUGCGCUCUGAUUCUCUACAGCGACCCGGACGUGGUGCUGAUGCCGAACCUCUACGAAUCGCAGCAGGCCUCUGAGUCCCGGUACUGGGUGGACCACAACUACUAUCACGGCCACCGGUUUUGCCGGGUGGACUGGCAGGAGACCGGGUUCUCGAGGAAGUUCUACGAAUUCCUGCCUUUCGGGCUACUCAGUUUGGCCGCGUGCUGCUUCGGGGUGUUCCUGUCGCACUGCAAGCGGACCUACUACCACAAAACGUCCCAGCUGCACCAGGAACAGCACCUGCACCACCCGCGCAGGGCGUACCGGAAGGAUUCGGGGACGGAUAUUUCCCAGCCGGCCCGCUGGCUGCCGCACACGACAAGACUGCACAACCACGAAUGA